AUGUCCUUGCAGUGCCGCGUGCGAGUGCCGCUCGGAGCAUGGAUACUAGCGAGUGCUGCAUAUGCUUGUGCCUCUGCUACUUCCACCCAGCCAGGCGCCAUUGAAGUUGACCUGGUUCUGCCGCCAGAGCCAACACGACCUCCUACUCCACCUGCAAAACAGCAUCUGUUCAAGCGUGAUGGGAUCGUCGAUAGCGAACAGUCAACGCUCUGUGGAUGGAGGAACUAUAAUGCCAGCCAGCCUCUCCAAUGUGACGAGUCUUACUUCUGUAAUGCUGACCCUAGUGGUAACUUCGGAUGCUGUCCUUCAAACUCCGCGAAUUCUAGCAUCGUAAAUCCUUGCGGAUAUGCCACUACUUGCUAUGAGUCGACUUGUGGCGAGCAGUGCCAGUCAGAUGUCUGGGCAUUCGCAUG